ACCCAACACCUCUUCCCAAUUAGUAAACUCGAUAAUUGAUCUUGAAAACACCGUGUUCUUGUAUUUAAAGAGGAACACCAUCCACAUCUACUCAUUUUAUGGUUGACCGAAAUUCUAAUAUUAUCGUGGCGAGAUAUUGGCGUUGAAGAACCAUAGUGCUCUAAUAGUGUGUCCAGGUACAUUUAGUGACUAAAAGAUAGUUAUGGCGACCUGGAAGAUUGAGGGCUGUACCGUGGCGGACGCCGCGGCCUUAUCGCGCAAUAAUAUGAGUGCUUUCUGGGAUGAUCCGACGUGGAUUUUGCUCUGGCCAAAGGAUAUCACACGGGAGUUCUUAAUUGAACAAGUCGCAAAGCGCUAUCCGCGCAUGCUCACAAAUGAUCGUGAAGAGAAGCGUCACCAAAAGGCCGUGGAUCCUAAUACUGGUGCUCUCGUCGGCUACGCUCGUUGGAUACUCCCGCCUAGCCACUUCAAUGCGAAAGAUGGAGGCCCUGAGUGGCCCGAGGCGCAGACACCUGAAGUUACCGAUGAAGAAAAAAGACAGUUCGAAGAGCUAGCUAAGUCGGCUUGGUGGGGCGGGAGACGGGAUAUGAGUGGGAUUGAUGAUAAGAACGACGUCGUGAUGGAUCGCAUACUAGCAGAACGGCCUUACAUUAAGCUGGAUUAUCUAGCUGUUCACCCCGAAAAUAAAGGAAAAGGAAUAGCCACUGCUCUCGUCGAGAGUGGGAUCAGGCAUGCCGAAAAGAUUGGUGUGCCCAUUUUUGUAAUGUCCUACAAAGCUGGCCGAGGAGUCUACGAGAGACUUGGAUUUAAGGAAGUCGACCGAGUAAUCCAGGAUGACUCGCAGUAUGGUGGUAAAGGGGAGUACGGGGCGUAUUUCAUGAUUUAUGAAGUUCCCAAAGUAGCUUGAAGGCUCUAGCUUGAGCUGGCUUGACCUUGAUUUCCCAGUUUAUUUUGGAUGAAAUGAGAGAAAGAUUUAACCAAAGAACCGAGUCAAUACUUGCUGAAACUGAA